AUGGGCGGCUACCUGGGCAGGCCGGGGUCCCCGCCGUCGUCCCCGGCCCGGGCGCGCGCGCACGCCGCCGAGCAGGUGCAGCGCGUCCACCGCGCCCACCCCGCGCCGCGGCACCGGCCCCCCCGGAGGCCGCCCGGCCGGGACCCCGCGGGCCCCGUCGACGAGGCCUGGAGGCGCUUCCCCGUGAAGAGGCCCCGCAACGCCAUCGUGGGGCCGCUGCCGUCGGACUGGUGGGACAGCUACUUCAGGCGCAGCGUCUGGUCCCUCCGGCACCCGCGGGCGCGGCGGAGCCCGGUCACCGUGAGGAUCGCCCCCGAGCCCUGGCCCGCGCGCGCGAUCCGCUCCGCUGGGCCCCCGGACCCCGGCGCAAAGGAGACGGUGCUGCGGGCGCUCCGGGGGUGCGCGAAGGGGAGGGCGGCGCUGGGAAGACCGCCCCGUCCCGGGGGCCUGCCGGCCGCCAGGCGGAGCCCGGACCCCAGGCCGUCCGCAUUUCGGCCCCUGCUGAGAAACGGGGUCCUCGCGUCUUUCGAGCCCCGGCGGCCGCUGAGGAGAAGCCCGGACUCCCUGGGCCCGGACCGCAGCGCGAGCGGGGGCCCCGGCUGCCCCUCCCGGAGCCCCGAGGCCCGCGCGCACUCGGGGGGCCCCCCGCGCUCCCCGAGAAACGCCAUCAGCAGCUCUUACAGCUCGUCCAGACCGCUCGGCGCGCCCGGGAAGCGAAGGGCGCCCGGUGCGGCCCUGCCCCCAGAACGGCCGGUGAGAAAGAAAGGAAAGGGUCGCCGGUCUCCGUCUCCAGGGCCACCGCCACCGGCCAGGUCCCGGGCGGCGGCGUCCGGCGGCUCUGAGCCGCAGGGUCAGGGGCCUCCGCGGCCGCCGCGCAGCCCUGGGACCCCGGGUCCACCUCCUCCCGGGCUCGGCGACGCGGACCCUGACGAGGACCAGGCCUCGGGGCACGAAGUCGGGCUCCGGUGGAGCAGUACAGCCCGAGAGGACGGGACCGGGGUCCCCACACGCUGUGUCCCCGAGCCGGGCCCCGCCGCUCGGCCUGCCGCGUCUCCCGGUCCGCCCGGUGCAGGCACGGCUCGAACCCAGGACGCGGAUCCGCGGGCGGGAAGCUUCGCAGAGACGCGGGAGCCUCCGGCGGCCUCGCCACCGUCCCCCGGCCGGGCGGUCCCCGCGGCGCUCUCGCCCCUGAAGGAAGCCAGCCCGCUGCCCUCACGCGGCUGCUCGCAGCCAGAGCCCCUUCCGCGCCCCUCUUCUGACUCCGAGUCCGCAGCCACCUGGCUCCGUCUGAGCCCUGCUUCCGCCCCGCCGCCAGCCUCGGACGCCACCAGCCCCCCCCCCCCCGCGGCUCAGGCCGGCGGGACCGCCGCGCCCCCGGAGCGGCCGGCCCUCACCCCACCGCCCGCCGUGCAAAGGGCGGCCUUUCUGGGCGGCCGGGCUCCCCUCCCCCCCGCACGGCCUCCUGCGGCGGCUUCUGCCCCCCCCACGCCACACCCCACUUCGGGGCUCCCGCCCAACGGCGAGAUCGGAGACUCCUUACGUCCCAGCACUUCGGCCACCGCCUCGGCACCUUCAGCCCCGGGUCUCUUGGCCCCUACCUUCGGGCUCUCUGGCCGCGGAGGACCGCGUCAAGCCGGGCCCGGGCUCGCUCCUUCCUCUCCCCAGCACACCUCGCCCCCCGCCCCCUGCUCCCCCCAUCUCCUCCGCAGCCAGCUCAAGGCUACCGCCGUGGUCGUGUCCGCCACCCCGGCCCGCGCGUGCCAAGACUCUCCUUUCCCGCCCCCCGUGGACAUCGGCGCGGCGCGAGUCGGCGGUGCCGUGGACCAGGCUGACCGCGCCCCUGCCUGCCGCGCGUUCCUUCUCGGGGCCUCCUGUGCCUUCAGGGCCUGCUUCUCCCAAGCCAAGCUUCGUCUUCCCCCCACACCGCGUGCCCCCGUCCCUGCCGUGCACACGGUCACCAUCUUCAGCCAGGUUCUUUCCGGCGCUGCGCAGAUGCCCCCUCGUAAGAGCUCUGCCGAUCUGCGGGGCCCGCCUCUGCCAGCCUCCGCGCCCGCGGCCGGGAGCCGGUCGGCAUCAACGGCCCGAGCCUCCGGCGUCGGCUCCGCACUCCCCGCGCCCUCGGGGGCGGGCCCAAGGCCCCCCUUCCCACCUCUCCCCGGAGCCCCUCUCCAGCCGGCACUUGGGGCUCCAGAUGGGCAGGAGCAGGCACCCCCGGCCCCGCCGGGCCCGAGUGUCACUAGUCCUUUCGGUCCGGGGACGUGGGCAACGGCAGCCCCCGCCCCGACCCCGGCUGGGCCAGCCUUCGGUAGGACCGCGCGGUCGGCCUCUGGGGGUCUGACGCCCUCCGCCUCCCCCUGUCGCGUCCCCUCCGCCCCCUCCGGCGGCGUCCCGCCAAACUUGGGCAGCGCCGGGGGGUCUCCCUUCGGCCAAACCGGCGCAGCCGGCUUUGGAGCUGCGGCCCAGACCCGCCGGAGCGGGGCCGCGGACUCCGUGUUCGGCAGCACGGCCCCCCGGCCUUUUGCCUUCGGGGGAUUGGUGACCCCUAUGGACUGCGGGGAGUCCGGGGUCAGUGUGCCCGCCCCGGACGGGAGCUCCGACUCUGGAGCGUUCGGCACCGCAGCACCGCGAAGUGGGACCACGGGCGCCGCCCUCACGCCCUUUGGGAAAGGCCGGAGCCAGAACACCCGGGGCCUGGCCGGCCAGAGCAAGCCUUUGGCCUUGGGGAGGACCAACACCUCGGCAAGAAAGACUACGUUUGGGGGCCCCGGCAUGGCCCCCUUUGCUCAGAGCACCCCUGUCCCCGGGCCCCUUACCAGGAGCAGCGGCCUUGGCUUUGGGAUGGCCUCUCCACCCGCCCGCAGUUCCGUUGGGAGAGGACCUUUCAGACCAUCGGCCUCUUCCUUUUCCACUGGAGCAAAAUCAAAAACCCCAAAGAGUCGGGAACAGGGGCAUUCCCGAAGGCAUCACGCCCACAAGAAGUAG